GACGAAAAUAACAUUAUAAAUAAAAAUGUUCUCCUUCAUCAAGUGGGCGAAAUUUGGCACAUUAGUGCCAGUCCAGCAGAUAAAGGUGUGCUGGCGACCUGCUACAAUAAAACAGCGUUUUUUCAUUCUGCUGUACAUAAGGCUACUAUGAGUCAGAACCAACUGGACAGCACCUAAACAACAACGUUGCUGUGCGUGGACUCCUCUUCUGACACCCCACCCUUAUUUGAGAGCUUGUUGGUAGCCAGAUAUCUGGAAAGAAAUAUUAUUUUGGGAUAUUCUGCACACAGAAAAUACCACCCCUCCUCCCCUUCAAGAGCUUUAGCCCAAACCAUCAAGUGAAAAUUGCUCUUUGACCAACUUCUGCUAUGUUUCGUAUUUGAAAAGAUCUAAGUACUUGGAGAUUCUAAAAUAAAAACUACUAUAAGUAUGUAAAAUGUUAUUAAUACCCCCAGGUAAUCUUUUUUCCUUUGUUUUGCACUUCAUAGAGAGGUCUCAAAUUUCAAAACAAUUGUCCUGUGCAUUCAAAAACAAAAUUGCGGAUCCAAUAGAUAUGUUUACAGUUAGCCUUUUAAUUUUGCAUAUUCAGAAUCCACCCCUACUCCAUUUCCUGCACUGAGAACCAUUAUAAAUGAGGUAAAGACAAGGAGGAGAAGAGUUUACAAUAAGUAAAAGAACAAAUUAUUUGUAGGGAUGCAGGGUUACUGCUUUGAUUUCUAGUCAACAGGUAUUAUUAAAAAAUAGUGCAAGUGCUUUCUUGAAAUGAUCAUUCCUUUCUAAUUUCUCCAUUUUAUUUGGGUGGGUGAGGGAUGUUCUGUUCAUUAGUCAGGCAGCGAGACAGGCCUAUUUGUCAAUGGGAAGAAUAAGGCUUCCAGAACUAGCUUCUUGUUCCUGUCACACGGAGAGCAUGAAUGGGCACCAGCUGGGCUGUAGCUCCAACAGUUCCACCACUUCAGCUUCACACAGCAAGAGAUGUGGUGGCAAUGGUGCAGAAGUGCCUCCCGUGCAGAUUCAGGAAGUACAGACACACUUCAGUUGUUGUUCCCUGGGCAACGCCAUCACCGCAGCCAGCUGGCUUUGCACCACCGAAGCUGAUGGAAGCCCACGCCCUGUCAGGCAGCCGGCGCUGCAGCCGCGUGACUGUCUGUAGACACUGAUGUCGAGAGCGCUUUCAACUGGGUUUCAAGCUUCAGACAGUAAAGUCCUGACAUGUGCGGCUGUGUGGAGGAUGCCGAAGGAAUUGGAAUCAGGCAGUCAUGAAUCCCCUGAUGAUUCAUCAAGCACCACGCAGACCCUGGAGCUACUCUGUCACCUUGACAACACAGCCCAUGGCAACAUGGCCUGCGUUACGUGGGAGCCAAUGGGAGAUGGGAAGAAAAUCAUUUCAUUGGCUGAUAACCAUAUCUUGCUGUGGGAUCUACAAGAAAGCUCAAGCCAAGCUGUGCUGGCCAGUUCAGCAUCUUUGGAAGGAAAAGGACAACUGAAGUUCACGUCAGGACGGUGGAGCCCACAUCACAACUGCACCCAGGUUGCCACGGCAAACGACACCACCCUCCGAGGGUGGGAUACUCGGAGCAUGAGCCAGGUAUACUGCAUAGAGAAUGCCCAUGGACAGCUGGUACGGGACCUCGACUUUAAUCCCAAUAAGCAGUACUACUUAGCUAGCUGCGGAGACGACUGCAGGGUGAAGUUCUGGGACACUAGAAAUGUCACUGAACCUGUGAAGACCCUUGAGGAGCACUCCCACUGGGUGUGGAACGUCCGCUACAACCACUCUCACGACCAGUUGGUCCUCACAGGCAGCAGUGACAGCAGAGUCAUCCUCUCAAACAUGGUGUCCAUUUCUUCUGAGCCCUUUGGCCAUCUGGUAGAUGACGAGGACCUCAGUGAUCAGGAAGAACACCAGCAGGAAGAGAAGAGUAAAGAGCCCCUCCAGGACAGCGUCAUCGCGACCUAUGAAGAGCAUGAAGAUAGUGUGUACGCGGUGGACUGGUCCUCCGCAGACCCGUGGCUGUUUGCCUCCUUAAGUUAUGAUGGAAGACUUGUUGUCAACAGGGUUCCCAGAGCGCUGAAAUACCACAUAUUGCUCUAAUUCGUUUGGAUGGCAUUCCUGAUUUAUCCUCUUGGCAGAUUCUCGAAAAUUCACGGCUAUUUGGAGGUAAUUAGUUUUCUGAAUAGAUCCCUCUCUGGGAGAGCCAGUAUUACCUUCUUUUAAUGUGAGCAUUUAUAAAUAAUAAUAAAGCUUCUGCCAUCUGUACAAACUGACACCAAAAACAAAGUUUUCUCUCCAUUGAAGAUGGAAAGUACUAUCUUCCAAACCGCCCUGGGAAUAUGAUCCCCCCCGCCUCCCCACUCCCCAGUGUUUCGUAAAUCAGUGCCUGUCCAGUGACUGGGGAGUUUAUCUUUUCUGUUUUAAGGAUGUUGGAAGUUUCACAUUUUUUAAAAGAUUUCUGUUUCUAGAACAUUAACUCAUCUUUGCCUUGAGAUUAAAAAUAAAAUAAAUAAGGUCAUGUUGUUUGGACUCCUGCUCAUUCUUGAAGGAAACUCUUUGCUCCUCAUUUGGCCACAUGACCUGGGUCUUUGCGCAUUUUCUCUGUCCCAGCCCAGAAGAAAUGAAGGGUGGAGACAGCGUGCCCCUCUGAAUAACUGCCCUUUUUCCAAGCUCAGAAGUUCCUGAGGAAGCUUCACUGGCAGAAGCUGAAGAGCCCUGCCUUGUGUCCCGGAGCCUGACCCCAUCGUUAGUGCUCCCUGGCCCUGGCAUCUGAGUGGUGGAGAGUCUGGGACUCUUCGGAAUGUAUUAGUGAUGAGCUCUGCAUUUUCUGUUGUUAUUAAGUUUCCUGCUUAGCCUUUGGGCCUUCUCUAAUCUCUGUGUGUAUCACUCUGUAUUGUGUCUCAUGUGCAUUAUACUGAUGGCAUUGUAAAUGUGAUUCUUUAUCAUUCCAGGAAGUAAUGAUUUUGCUCCGGGUUUUUCAGUCUGUUGGGUAUUACCCAGUACACUCUUAAACUCAUUGAAAUUCAGCAUAAUCUGCUGUCAUCCCAUCAUUCCUAGAUAAUCACAAAACACUGAUCCUGCAGCCUUUUCUUCCCUUGCUCCUUCUGUGGGUCCCUGCGGAGUGGGUCUGCGUCUUGGGUGCCGAGUGCUCCACCCCCACAGCCCAGAGCAGCAGCCUACAGUGGAGAGUGGCCUGGCCUCCGAUUCUGUGGCUUGUGCUGGCCAGGUGACCUUACGGAUACCGCUUCUCCGCUCUGAUCCCCUUGUUUUCCUCAUGUGGAAGGAGGGAGAUGGACUGGAGGUGCUCACAGUCCCCAGUCAGCUCUAAGAUUUAAUUAUUUCACAAUGCACCUAAGGAGCCUGGGUGGCACAGUGGUUAAGCACUCAACUGCUAACCAAGAAGUUGGCAGUGCCAGCUGCUCCAUGGGAGAAAGAUGUGGCGAUCUGCUCCGUAAAGAUUUGCAGCCUUGGAAACCCUAUGGGGCAGUUCUACUCUGUCCUGUAGGGUCACUUGACUCAAUGGCACACAACAACACAGUAGGCCUCAAUCUGAAAAACUGACCUUUUAUUUAAAAAUAAGCAUAUAAAAAUGAAACAUCCUUGGUGAAGCCCUCUGUUGUCCCAGGAGUGUUUGUUAUUUUCUAAGUAUGUGAUUGAACACACAAUGAGGCAUCUUGGAUUUUGUUUCCCCUUAUGAGGAAUGAGAGGGGCAGGGAGAGGGCAGUGGGGAGUGGGCAUGACAGGGAAGCCAGGUCUUAUGCCCUUCAACAUUUCUGCUUCCAGGUAAGACCUGCAUUGUGGGGAAUGCAAAACAGCUUUAAUAAAAACCCUGGUGGUGUAGUGGUUAAGUGCUAUGGCUGCUAACCAAAAGGUCAGCAGUUCAGAUCCGCCACGCGCUCCCCGGAAACUCCUUGGGGCAGUUCUACUCUGUCCUGUAGGGUCGCUAUGAGUCAGAAUUGACUGGACAGCGGUGGGUUUUCUUCAGUUUGCUGGCCCUUGAAAUUUAUGCUUGCUUUUGAACUGAUAUUUACUGAGUGCCAACUAUCGGGUAGGCACUACUCUAGUUGCUGCAGAUAUAGCCAUGAACGAUGCAAAAAUCUGGGUUUACUUAGAAUCUACACUGUUGGAGAAACCAUCCAUCAAUCAUGAAUUAAGCAUAUCGCAUGUCAGAUAACAUGGGGAUAAUGCCAUGGAGGGAUCUGAGGUCGAGAAGGAGGGGCAGUGGGGAGUGGGAGCAGGGUAGGAAGUGGGUGGGCACUGUACUUCUGAAAGUGUUGGUAGGGAAGGGCCCAGGUGAGGUGACAUUUGAGCAAAGACCCAAAUUUAUUGAAGGAGUCAGCCGUGUAGAUGGUCUGCAGGGAGAGUGUGCCAGCACAGGAGACAGUGGGGACAAAGCCAUGAGAUAGAAUAACAAGGUUACUGUGGCUCAGGUGACGUGGACAAGAUGGUAGGCACACUCGGAGACGAGAUGUAGCUCAUGUAAGGCCUUGAAGGACUUUGACUUUUACCCUAAGUGAGAUGGGAAGCCACUGAAGGACUGUGAACAGAGGCAAGAACUGAUCUUUUGAAUUAUGUUGUUUAUUAUUUUUGUUUUGGUUUUGAUAAACAGUGCUAUGAAUUUUAACAUAUAUAUGGAUUCAUGUAACUACCAUCACAGUCAGGAUACAGAACAGUUCCAAGACCUCCCCUCACACCAUCCCUUUGUAGUCACACCCCCGCCCCCCAGCCCUAACGCCUGGCAGUCGUAAUCUGUUCUCCAUCAUCAUAGGUUGUCUUUUUGAGAAUGUCACGUAAAUGAAAUCAUACAGUAUGUGUAACUUUUUGAGGCUGGCGCCUUCACUUAGCGUGAUGCCUUUAAGAUUCUUCCAAGUUGUGGUAUGUACCAAUAGUUCAUUCCUUUUUAUUGCUAAGUACUGUUCCCUUGUAUGGAUGGUCCAUAGUCUGUUUAUCCAUUCACCAUCAAAGGGCGUUUGUGUUUCCAAUUUUUGCUGGUUAUGAAUAAAACUGCUAUAAAUAUUUAUAGGUAUUUAUAUAGACAUAAACUUUCAUUUCUCUUAGGUAGAGUUUGGCAAACUUAUGACCCACACAGGCCAAAUCCAUCCUACCAUCUGUUUUUGUAAAUAAAGUUUUAUUAGAACACAGCUGUAUUCAUUCAUUUACGUAAUAUCUGUGACUGUUUUCACACUACAGUUGAGUAGAUGUGACAAGACUGUAUGGCCCGCAAAGCCUAAAAUACUUACUGCCUGGCCCUUUACGGGAAAAGUUUACCCACGUCUGCUCUGAAGUAAAUGCUUAUAAGUAGGGUUGCUGUGUCGUAGAGUAAGUGUAUGUUUAACUUUAUAAGAAACUACUGUUUUUCAGAGUAGAGUUACAGUUUUGUAUUCCCACCAGCAAUAUAUGAGGGACCUAGUUUUUCUACAUGUUUGCCAGCACAUGGUGUUCUCACUAUUUUUUAUUUUAGCUGUCCAAUAGGUGUAUAGUGGUAUUUCAUUGUGGUUUUAAUUUGCCUUACCCUAAUGGUUAAUGACAUUGAGCAAUUUUUGUGUCUUUAUUUGCCAUCUGUAUAUCCUCUUUGAAGAGUGUCUGUAAAAGUCUUUUGCACAUUUUGAAAACUAAAUCAUAUGUUUAAUUUUGUUUAUUUUGAGAGCUCUUUAUAUGUUUUGGAUAUAAGUCCUCAGUCAGUAUAUGAUUUGCCAAUAUGUUCCCCCAUGUGUAGCCUCUCUUUUCCUUCUCUUAACAGUGGCUUUAACAGAACAAAAGCUUGAAUUGUGAUGAAGGCCAACUUAACCAUUUUUUCUUUGAAGGAUCAGGCUUUUGGUGUCACAUGUAAGAACUCUGCCUAACUCUAGGUCAUGAAGAUUUUCUCCUAUAUUUUCUUCUAAAAGUUUUUAAUGGUUUUACGUUGACAUCUACGCUCCAUUUUGAUUUAAUUUUUUAAUAAGAUGCAAGGUUUAGGUUGAAGCUCAUUCUUUUUUUCAUAUGACGUCUAAGUAUUCUAGCACCAUUUGUUGAAAAGACUAUCCUUUCUCCAUUGAAUAGCUCUGGCACCUUUGUCAAAAAUCAAUUGGCCAUACAUGUGUGGGGCCCUCUCUGGACUCUGUUCUGCUCCGUUGGUCUAUGUGUCCAUCACCUAGGGCCUAUAAACAAUUUUAUGGGGUUGCUCUCAUGAGCUCCUCCCUCUCUGUGGUCUUUCCAGUACUUUCUGGUUCCCUGGGGCCCCCUUUCAGUCAUCUGGCCAUUAAACUGGGCUUUCUUUUCCCUACUGCACUGUACCCUUUCUGUGACUGCACCUAUGUCUGGGGCCAAGCAGCAGGAAGACAGAGGAAAGAAGCAGCAGAUGUUCACCUCACCCUCCUGGGACCAGAGUUCCUCUGAUUGGAGAAGGUCCACCUUCCACACGGUGUAGGCUCUGCCUGCCCCUGUUGCUGCUGCUGUCACUGUCGCUGUCCCCACAAAAUUGCUUGGGGACUGGGAGGCAAGAAAACAGAGCCUUGGUUUCCUUAAAAAGCCAGGAGAGUUCCCCGCUCCCUGGGGAUAUUAGAAAACCCCUCUUCUGUUUCUUGGUCCAGAAAGAGAAGGCUUCUCCUGGCUCUCUCUUUGCCCUUGCUGAUGUCCACUUCCAGGUUCUGUCCUAUUUUGAGUCCAGACCAGGGGAUACUGCAGUGAGGAAAAAAAAAAAAAAAAAGAUUAACUCACAGCUGAUUUGGUGGUCCUUCAGAUUGUAGUCUGCUUCCCCAAUAUGCUUGCUGCUCUUUACUUUUCAGAGUCCUCAAAGAGCUAUUACAUGCACCUGUGCAGGUUUUACAGCUGCAUUUCAGUGAGAGACAGGUAGACUGUGCUUACUGUCUGGAAUCAUAAAUUAAAAGGUCACUUUGGAUGUCGUGUUCAGAAUAGACCGUAGAGAGGUGUCGAGGAUUGAAUUGUGUCCCCCCAAAAUGUUUGUCACCUUGCCUAGGCCAGUGAUUCCCAGUAUGUGUGUUUGUCCACCAUCUUGUGAUCUGAUGUGAUUAUCCUAUGUGUUGUAAAUCCUAACCUCUAUGAUGUUAAUGAGGCAGGAUUAGAGGCAGUUAUGUUAAUGAGGCAGGACUUACUCUAUAGGAUUAGGUUGUAUUUUGAGUCAAUCUCUUUUGAGAUGCGAAAGAGAGAAUCAAGCAGAGAGGAGAGAGACCUCAUACUAGAGAAAGAAGCACCUGGAGCAGAGCGUGUUCUUUGGACCCAGGUUCCUGCACAGAGAAGCUCCUCAGGAGAAGAUCAAUGACGAGGACCUUCCCCAGAACCAACAGAGAGAGAAAGCCUUCCCCUGGAGCUGGCACCCUGAAUUCAGACUUACAGUCUCCUAAACUGUGAGAGAAUAAAUUUCUGUUUGCUAAAGCCAUCCACUUGUGGUGUUUCUGUUAUAGCGGCACUAGAUGACUAAGACAAGACACAAGGGCAGUAGCAAUGAUACCAGUUACAGUGCAGUUACAGUGCUCUCUGUAAGAAGUGAUAGUUAAUUGGACUAAGGUGGUAGUAGAGAUGGUAAGAAGUGGUUGGUUUCUGAAUGUAUUUUGAAGGUAGAGCCAUCAGAUUUAUGGACAGAUUAGAAGUAGGGUGUGAGGCAAAGAGAAGAAUCAAGACUGACUCCAGGGUUUCUGUCCUGGGCAACUAGAACAGUUGCUGAGAUAGGAAAGCCUGAGGGGAGCAUGUUGGAGGUAGGGCUUGGAGUGAGACAUGAGCGCUUUGAUUUGGGGACUAUUAUGUUUCAGAUACCUAUUAAAUAUUUAAGUGGGGAUGUCAACUAGACUUUUGGAUGUAUGACAUGAGUUCAUGGGAGAGGUCCAAGCUGGAUAUAUAAAGAUAUGUAUCUGUUAUUGGUGAAUAAAAAAAUUUUUUUUUUUUUAUUAAGCUAGUAUUAAAAGCCCUGGGAUGAAAUGCGCUGUCUGGGGGAGCUAGUGUAGAGAAAAAAGAAAGGACCAAAGACUGAGCUCUGGGUGCCAUCGACCAUUAAGAAGUAGGGGAGAAGAGGUGGAACCAGCAAGGAGACUGAGCAGGAGUCAACUCUCUGUCAAUGCCCCUGGCAGGUCGUCAGAUGAGGGCUGAGAACUGACCAUUGGACUUGGCAGCAUGGAAUUCAUUGAGGAACUUGACAAGAGCAGUUUGGGUAGAAGGAGGGAGCUGGAGAGUGGAUUCAAGACAGAAUGGGAAGAAAUAAAUUUGAGAUAGGAUGUAUAAACAACUUUCUCAGGUCCUGCUAUGAAAAGGAAACAGAAAAAUGGAGUAGUAACUAGAGGAGAUAUGAGGUCACAAAGAGGUACUUUUUUUCUUUAAGAAGGGAGAAAUAUCUGUAUGUUUGAAUGCUGUUACUUCAUCUCGUGUACUUUGAACAUAGUAUCAGGAGGGACCAGUCUCUGGAGAGGGACAUCGUGCUUGGUAAAAUAGAGGGUCAGUGAAAGAGAGGAAGACCCUUGACGGGAUGGAUUGACACAGUGGCUGCAAUGAUGGGCUCAAAAUAGCAAUGAUUGUGAGGAUGGUGCAGGACUAGGCAGUGUUUCAUUCUGUUGUACAUACGGUCACUGUGAGUCACAACUGACUCCACAGCACCUAACAACAAUAGAAUAAUCCAGUAGAGAGGCAAAAAUUGAUGUUGCAGGACAGAGAGGGGAGAAGUGAUGUCCUUGAAUAGUCAAGUGUGAUGGAACCUGGUGAGCAAUUCCAAGUAAAGUAGGAGUCCUAGAAGUCUAGCUUGUAGAAAAUUACUAGAUCCCAGAUGUAUUGUCUUACAGUUAGAACCACUCUUCAUCAUCAAAUGUAUCAAGCGUUAAUGAUAAUAAUACUCCUUACAUUUAUAAAGGUUAUAGAACACUUUCAACUACGUGACAUAGUUUUAUCUUUACAACAUCAUUGUGGGAUAAGUAGAGCAAGAAGUGGAGGGUAAGCGAAUUGGCCAGAUGACACUCUCCUCUGAUUCGUAGAUCAGCCCUCUUUUCACUUUUCCACCUGAUCUCCUUCACACAAAAGCUCCUGGGUUCCCCCCUCGCAGUACUUGCCCAAAAGCAGCCUAAUGACAUGUUCAAAUGACAAGCCAGUAGAGACAGUAUUAUAGUUUAUGCAGAGAAUAUUUUUCCUAUUUUAUUACCGAGAUCCAAGUGUUACCCGAAUUAUUUUCAAAGCUAAGCCCCAAACACUCUAGUUAUCAUUCCAUGUGAAAUGAGUAGAUGAGGGUUGAACUGAAAAUAGAGAACUCUAGGCAGCUUCUUUUAAAAUUAAAGUUAUUCUUCAUUAUAUUUAAGCCUUACUGUAGGUGCAACAGGGGAUUGUAAUAUUGACCUUUGUUACAGGGAGUGGGGGAGGGAUAACAGAGGGAAAAGAAAUUUGGGAGCCUAAUCCUACCUGGUGUCUUCUCUGUGUGUAGCACAAGUAGUGUUCUCAUCCAGGGCGUGCUGGCUGAUGUCUGCAAGGUCAGUGGUGAAUAAGAUUAAUGUCAUCCAUAAUGUAUUUGUGCGCAAGCCCCCUGGCUGGCUUCUCAUCAUCCGUAUCUGGCUGCACGAGGCAGGGAAGAUCAUUAUUAAUCCCACUUUCCACCUGGGUGGUUAGUGCAGCAGGGACCUGGUGAGGCUAAAUUUAGAAUCAAAGGGCUGUGUUUGAGCUUGGGAACAGUGUUCCAUGCUGGACUUAACAUUUUUCACUAACCCUUUUUGACAUGUGCUGCCCAAUGAGUUAGUGCUGCUGUAAAGACCGUUAGGUCUGUGCUUCCUUCUUCCUCUCCUCACUCCCUCUUUUGGUAGCCAGGUGACUGAGGAGGGAUGGUUUGUGGUAAUUAAAAGAGAAUUCCACUCUCCUUACUGUAGCAGGGGAACUGCUGAACACCAAGCCAUAAUAAAGAAUCAUCAGAAUCAUCAAACACCUCAGUCAAUUGGCAUAUCAUAGUUCACAAACAUCAGAUCUGCAUCCUAGCAAAAUGCGUAGCAUCUGGGGUCUUAAAAGCUUGCAAGCAGCCAUCUAAGACACAGCUACGAGAACAAAACAGUAAGAAGGUAAACAAAAGCUCAGAGAAGAAACAAGUCUACACGAGCCACAACCUCAUCUACCCUGAGACCAGAAGAACUAGAUGGUGCCUGGCUACCACCACUGACCAUUCUAACCAGGGUCACGAUAGAUGGUCCUGGAUAGAAUGGGAGAG